GAGCGACGCAAAGUGAACGCUUCGGCACUUGUCAAAGAUGUUCAUUUCGUCUCAGCGGAAAAUCUUUUGCUUGGUUAUAUGGAUCGCCCAUUUAGUCGAGGACGGAGAAGCCGGGCAACGAUUAUACCACGAGGGAAAUCCUUUGAUAGAAGAAUUCGUGAUUUAUCCCUGGGUCGGUCCGGUAUUUCAACCCAAUUAUCGUCCAUCUACUUUUCGAGAUUUGUAUGGAACGAGGCCGAAUGAAGGGCGAAAGUUGUGGUCGAAAUUAAUGAAUAGCUUCAGGAAAGGCAACGUGUUUCGACCGUCCGUCCUUCCGAUAGCACAAACGCUCAAUGGAAUGGGGACAGGAACAGAGUUGGCAAAUAACUUGAUAGCCGCUAUGGGAGUAGAGGGACUGCAACGGAUCGCUGAAUUAGUGGCAAAUCAUCUACCGUCGGGAGUCAUCGGACCACCAGGACCCCCGGGACCGCAAGGAUCGCCAGGAUCGUCAGGAUCCGGGUGGGUUGGGCAACUUCCGGAUGGUUUUCCAACAUUGGGAGGGAAUGGUGGCGAAAAGGGUGAAACAGGUGGAUGGGUACAAGGGCCACAGAUAUUACCACCUGAGUGGCUGAAAGGUGAGAAAGGAGAAAAGGGAGAAAGAGGCGACUGUACUUGCCAGGAAGUAAUCACGACGCCGGGAACUACCGAGUGCCCAACCACCAACAGUCCUUCAACAACAGAAGUGCCGCCAACAACAACAGAAACAGCAGAAACAACAACAGGAACAGAAACAACUACAGAAGUUCUGCCAACAACUGAAGUUCUGCCAACAGCAGCAACAACAGAAGUUCCGACAACAACAAUAGAAACAACAACAGAAGUUCUGCCAACAACAACAGAAGUUCCGCUAACGACAACAGAAGUUCCACCAACAACUGAAGUUAUGCCAACAACAUUAGAAACAACAACAGAAGUUCUGCCAACAACAACGGACGCGCUGCCAACAACUAAAGUUCCGCCAACAACAGAAAUUCCGCCAACGGCAGCAACAACAGAAAUUCCGUCAACAACAAUACAAACAACUACAGAAGUUCUGCCAACAACUGAAGUUCUGCCAACAGCAGCAACAACAGAAAUUCCGCCAACAACAGAAGUUCUGCCAACAACAACAGAAACUACAAACACUGAUCCAACCACAGAGGGCCAAACGAGCACCGACGAGGGAGAGCCAACAACAACAGACGAGUCAACAACAGAAGGACUAAUAACAACAACAACAACCGAUGAAACGACCCCAACCACACCAACAACUGAGCAAACUGAAGUGACGGAUGCAAUGACAACGUCUGUUACCUCCCCUGGAUCAACAACAGACGAAGCAACAACCCAUGAAACAACAACAAAUAUGACACCGGAACCAACUGAUUUCACGACAAAAAAAGAAGAAAUGACGACGGACGAGGUCACCACCACGACAACACAAGAAGAAACAACCACCACUGAAUCAACAAAUGCGCCAACAACGACACCUGUGCCAACUACACAAACAGACGCAUCAACCGAAACAACCGAAGAGCCCACCACAACAACAACUACGACUCCCACCACAACAACAACUACGACUCCUAUCAUAACAACAACAACAAAAAAACCGCCUCCUACGGAACCAGUUGUCGUCGACUGUGGCGAGACAAUCAUCUAUCAAAAUGCGACAUGGGAAUCGUCCAACUUAUUCAACUUGGAAUCAAUGCCCGACAUUUGCGUGUUAACUAUCCGAUUGAAUUCCAGCGAGAGCGACCAAGAACCCAUCUGCCAAAUACGACUCGAUUUCAACCAAUUUUCCAUCGCUCAGCCCAACCGACAGAGCAACUGCGUCACCGACAAUUUCAAAGCUUUCAACGCUGAAAAUAAUAUUCCAACGAUAUGCGGCGAUAACCCAGGCCAGCACUUGUAUUUGAAGCCAAGAAACCGCGCGAAGGAAGUCCAAUUGGUUUUCAAAUUCGGCCAAUCUCCAAUCAGACGAUUUUGGAACAUGCACGUCACUCUAGUUCCCUGCUGUGCCGAUCAUCUCUUGGCGCCGAUUGAUUGCCUGCAAUACUUCAACGAUUACCGAGGGAUUGUCAAAUCUUUUAACUGGAUCGAUUCACCAUCCGUAAACAAAGCGUCAAACCACCCGAGGCAAUUGGCCAAUCAACAUUACAACAUUUGCUUCAAAGCAGAUUCCAUGGCCAAAUCAAUUUGCUACACCCCUUGCAAAACGACUGGAUUGGCGUUCAGCAUCAGCCAAAAUGCUCUUCGGGGUCCAUUCCGUGCGGGAGUGGGCGUAACCGAUUGCAAUGAGGACUUUUUACUCAUCGCCAACGGUUACGACAAAUUCAACAAAGGCCAAAGGAACGACAGAUUCUGCGGCACUAUAUUCAAUCCUAACGGAAAUGUCACGGCCAAUCACACUGACCAAAUCGCUGCUGGAUCGACCACUAUUUGCUCCGACAUCAAACCGUUUCAAUUUCACUACACGACCAACAUGAACGAGCUUCCGGUAGAUGUGGCCAACAACGGAUUUUGCUUGCAAUACAAUCAAGAAAUGAAUAAAAACCUGCCACUCAUUUUGGAUGAGAAGAAUUACUAUUCUCAAUUGGCCGAAUACAAUUAAUUUCAUGUUAAUAAAAAUUGAGGGGGUGGGCGCUUCACGUGGUUACUGAAAUUUUAUAAUCGUCAUCUUUUGUUUAAUAUCAAUUUGAUACGCCAUCUUUUAUUUAAUAAAACAACUGCAUUUUU